UGAAAGAGAGAGAGAGUGAGUGCAUUGAAAUACAUAGUGAAGUGCAGUCAAUGAGUAGUGAAUGAGCAGUGAAUGCAAUGACAACACUGUAUGUCAUAUCAAAUGGCCGUCACUUGAGUUGACUCACAAUCGCUGUCUAAGUGUAUGAUCAGGUGAUGAACUGAUCCAAUGAAUUAUUGAUUUAUUUGUUUAAUUAUUUUGAACGAUAUAAUGAUGAUUAUGACAUCUUAAGUGACAAACAAGUGAUUGUAUUCUUAUGUGUGCUUAAAAUCGAUGCAAUAGUUGGACAGUUGUGUUGACAUAAAAUGGGUAACUGUUGUACAAACAGCACACCUAAAAGGCCCGGCAGUGGCCAACAUGUCAAUGGACUCACAUCUGCUUCGGAUGUGUUGCGGACCAGUGGACCAGUAAUGCCUCAUCCACUGGAAGUGAUAACCGCCCCUCCGGUGCCAAUGUCUGAUCAAAGACCUAACAAUUUUGGACCAAUGAAUGGACUAAAUGGUGGCAGUCAUCCGCCACCAGCCAGUCUUACCACUGGUGACCCAAUGGGAGGCGACCAGAUGGGUGUCAACGGUGGCCAACAAUCGCUGGGCAGUUGUCUUAACGCUAAGGUGUUUGUGGCACUGUAUGACUACGACGCCCGAACUGAUGAAGACUUGAGCUUCAAGAAAGGCGAGCACUUGGAGAUUAUCAAUGAUACUCAGGGAGACUGGUGGUUUGCCAGAUCUAAACAAACCAAAUUAGAGGGAUAUAUACCAUCCAACUAUGUGGCCAAACUCAAGUCCAUUGAGGCCGAACCGUGGUAUUUCGGUAAAAUAAAGAGAGUUGAGGCCGAGAAAAAAUUGUUAUUAUCAGAGAAUGAGCAUGGUGCUUUUCUUAUUAGGGACAGUGAGUCCAGACGUAAUGACUACUCAUUGUCUGUCAGAGACGGAGAUACUGUUAAACAUUAUCGGAUCCGACAGUUAGAUGACGGGGGCUUUUUCAUUGCCAGACGCACACCAUUCCGUACACUACAAGAACUGGUCGACCACUAUAGCAAAGAUGCCGACGGACUUUGUGUUAAUUUACGUAAAGCCUGUGUUCAGGUGGAAAAGCCUACCACUAGUGGUCUCUCACAUAAUACUAGAGAUCAGUGGGAAAUAGAUAGAUCUUCAUUGAAAUUUGUUCGCAAGUUAGGUCAGGGACAGUUCGGUGAAGUGUGGGAAGGCAUGUGGAAUAAUACCACUCCCGUUGCAAUCAAGACAUUAAAACCUGGAACUAUGGAUCCCAAGGAUUUCUUAGCUGAGGCUCAGAUAAUGAAAAAGUUAAGACAUCCAAAAUUGGUCCAAUUAUAUGCCGUUUGUACACUUGAAGAACCCAUUUAUAUCAUCACUGAACUUAUGAAAUACGGCAGUCUUUUAGAGUAUUUACAAGGAAAGGGUAGAGUUUUAAAGUUACCGCAACUCAUCGAUAUGUCCGCACAAAUAGCAGCCGGUAUGGCGUACUUAGAGUCACAAAAUUAUAUACACAGAGAUCUCGCGGCACGUAAUAUAUUAGUCGGUGAAAACAAUAUCGUGAAGAUUGCAGACUUUGGUUUGGCUCGACUUAUCAAAGAAGAUGAAUAUGAGGCCAGAGUUGGCGCCCGAUUUCCAAUUAAAUGGACGGCUCCCGAGGCCGCAAAUUAUAGUAAAUUUAGUAUCAAAUCUGAUGUUUGGAGUUUCGGUAUAUUACUGACAGAACUGGUAACUUAUGGCCGCAUUCCAUAUCCCGGAAUGACAAAUGCAGAAGUACUCCAUCAGGUGGAACACGGCUACCGAAUGCCAUGUCCUCCCGGCUGUCCUCAAGCGUUAUACGAAAUAAUGUUAGAGAGUUGGCAUAAGGAUCCGUUCAAAAGGCCAACAUUUGAAACGCUUCAGUGGAAACUUGAAGACUUCUUUACACUCGAAGGAAGCGAAUAUAAGGAAGCGUCGAUCGCCUAUUAGUUUCUCAUUUGUCAACUAAUCAUUCAAACCAUUUGUCGCCAUUUGUCUCUCCAAUUCCUUUCUCACUAUUUUAUUGUCCAUUCAAUUGAAACGACACCAAAAUGUGUCUAAAACUACUAUUUUAAAGAUUAUUAUUUGUUAUAAUUUUUAUAAUUAUUGAUAAUUAAUUGAUGAUUCCAUUAGAUAAACACCAACUCAUGUAUUAUUUACACAUUUUAGUUGUCAUUGAAUUCAUUGAUAGAAAUCCAGAACACAAUACCAAAUGAAAGCAACUUUUUUAUUACUUCAUCUAUUGUCUCACGACAUGAUAUUUAAUAUGAUUAUUGAUAAUUAAGUUUUAUUUGUAAUUAAUGUAUUUAAAAGUAUAAGUGCCAUAAAAUUAUAAUGGUUUUAUAAAUUUUAACCAAAAAAAAUAUUAGCUAAAAAUCACAAAUUGUUUCGUAAGUUUUACAAGUUUCGUACAAUAUAUUAAUAUAUUAUAUAUAAUAUAUUUAAUAGCACUAAA